AUGAAGUAUCUGGGCCUAACCCUCGACAGCCACUGGACCUUCAGCGCUGGCUUCGAGCGCCUGGCACCGUCUGUUGAGGCGACGGCGAACGCCUUAGGACGUUUGCUGCCUCGACUGGACGGGCCCGAAUUCGGAGUGCGCCGGCUGUACGCUGGUGUGGUACGAUCGAAGCUUCUCUACGGAGCUCCGAUCUGGGCAGAGGACCUGAUGACCAACCGUCGCAAGCUCCUAGUGAUCAGGAGGCUGCACAGGACGGUGGCCAUCAGGGUAGUGAGGGGUUUCCGCACCAUUUCGGCGGCGGCAGCGGCGGUGCUCGCCGGGUUCUCCCCGUUUGAAUUGCAGGCCCUGAGGUGUCGCGAGAUUUACCUCCACACUCGGGGUGUGUCGGGCGGGGUGGGCCCGGAGGACGCCGACUUCAGGGUUCGGGCUCAGCGAGCUUUGCUCGACAGAUGGCGCGCCAGCCUCGACACGAGAGCCCGUGCACCGGGGAUAAGGAUCCUCGGGGCCGUCCUUCCAAACUGGGACGUUUGGUUGAACGGCGGCGGACCUCCUCUGACAUACAGGGUGACGCAGGUGCUCACCGGAUACGGCUGCUUCGGUGAGUAUCUGCACCGAAUCGGGAAGGAGGAGACCGCGCGUUGCCACCACUGCGAUGCGAGCGUGGAUUCGGCGCAACACACGCUGGAAUACUGCCCGGUGUGGGCGCGGCCGCGCCACGACCUCAUUGCGGAAAUCGGAUGGGACCUCUCGCCGCCGACGAUCCUCGAGGCAUUGUUGGUAAGCGAGAGAAGGAGGAGGGCCGUGACCUCCUUCUGUGAGCAAGUUAUGCUUCGAAAAGAGGCCGCGGAGAGAGUGAGGGUGCGGAACUCUCACCCUGAGAGGAUUGACCGGCGAGGGCGCGGCAGAGGCCAUGGACGCGCUUCGGUGAGGCGCGAUAGGUCCGCCGCGCUCCCCGGUGGGGUGCAAACUUAGGCGCUGGCAAUAGCUC